UGCGGAACUCAAGACUUUGUCCUCCCGCACCCUUCCCCCCUCAGAACCCCUCGGCUUCUAAAACCCUACAGAGAGUGCAGACAGAUACAUUUUCUCCGUCUCUCAAACAAAUAUCAAAUCGAAAUCGCAGCUGAUGGAGGAAGACUUUGAGAUUUACAACACGGAUAACGAUUCUAUUUGGUCACAAAUUAAACGCCAAGAGAAGCAGAUUCAACUCAAAAGGAGGUGGUUGUUGGGGCUUCCUGCUUCCAAUGCUGAGCAAAAGAAGUUUGAGAAUCCUGAGUUUUUAGAAAACAAGGCGUUGCCCGAAUCGUUUCUUAGGGAAGACGACAUGUUCUAUGAAGUUGCAAAGUCUUGUGUUGAUGCAGCCUUAGGAUGUGAAGUUGGAGGGACUCGAGUAUUUCAAGAUGAUAUACAGCUGUUUGACACACCAAAUAUAUCCAGAGUCUUGUCAUCGUGCCUUGAUGACUUGACUAACAAGGGGCUUUACCUUUUUGCUUUGAAACUAACAGGAGGCUCAGCCAAGUUUGAGAAAACUCGUUGGAAGAUGAAAAAGGUUAUCAGAGAAUCUUUGCCAAAAGUUUUCGGAAGCCAAGAUAAAGAUGAUGAUAAAGUGGAAAUUUCUCAAUAUCUUUCUCAACUUCUCAAUGAGCCACAAUAUUUCCGAGAUAAUUUUAUCACAGUUCUAUCCUCCAGAUCACAAUCUAAUCGUGCUGCCGCUAGAAAGCUGUUGGAUAGACUCCCGGACAUGCCUCUUGAGACUCUAAUUGCAAUGAACAAAAAGCUUAGAGGGCGACAAAGUCUGCCUCAACUACGGUCUAAAAAAAGUGGAUGGAAUCGAGAUAGACUAAUUAAUCAAGUGAGGGAAACAAGUCAGGAAAUGCUCACAGAACUUGGCAUAGGUGAUGAACUGCAGCAGCCAUUAGCCAAAGCCUUGGCAGUAGUAGGCUUAUCAAUGAAGUUAAUACCAGGUUUUCAUAAUUCCACCGCAACAGAGUUUCACCAAUUCUCACCAGAAAUAAAGAUAUUGCAGGAUGAGAUAGCUAGAGCUAUUUGGUUAGUUAAGACAAAGAUUACAAUACCAGAGCUGAGAAACUUGAAGAUUCUGCUAGACCCGAAUGCUAAAGUAUCCAACAGGAGUUUGAGGAGAGCAAUUAGGAAAAUGCUAACUGAAUUUCUUUUCGAGUGUGGUGAUAUGGAUACCAUUCCCAAGUCUUUAUUAGAAGCACUUGUUUUUAUCAAUAGGAAUUCCCAGAGUAAAUCAGAUAGACGCAUCCUAAAGGAUGAAAUUGAAGAAGAGGUAGAAUGCAUAUUGAAUGUGAGUGCUCAGAUAAAGCAGAUUAUUUGGGAUACGUUUCCUGAUCAUGACUUGGAUGUAGAUUUCUCUGAUGCAUAUAUGGAAGAAAUGGAAGAAAGUGAUGAUAAUGAUGAUGACGACGACGGCAACGAUAAUAUUGACAACAAGGGUUGGCUCGAGGAAGAUAGAAUAUCUGGAAGUGAGAGAUCUCAUUCUAAUGAUUCAUAUGGUGAAGUUGAAAGUACUGGGGAGUCAAUGCCAUCUUUUUGCAAGCCACCUACUGCUAAUACUACCCCUAAUUGCAGUUAUCCCCUCCUUACAUCUCACAACAGUAAGCGACUUGAACAUAUGCUCUCCACUCAAGCUGAUUCUGUAGACUGCAGUGGUAUCAGAACAGGGUUUGAUGGAAAUUUCAAUGAGAGACAUGAACCUGAGUGUAAUACUGGAAUGGAUACGGAAAACUCGCUGCAUCUCAACCCAGAAGAGGCGCUUAAUAAGCAAACUACUUGUAAGAAUGAAUACCUUGCCGUCCAAGAGGUAUGUGAUGAGACAAGCAUGAUUGCGUAUAAUCUCAUUGGUCAUAUGUUGGAUGAUUUUGCACAGAGAGAAGGAUUGGGUUUAGACUGGGAUGAUUGUUUAUAUCUGAGAGGUAAUUGUGCAGCUCAAGAAGAUUAUCAAGAGGUAGAAGAAAAACAGACAUUUGCUCAGGAAAAUGAUGAUGGUACAAUAAUUGUUCGAGUAAUUGAGGAUCUAAUACCCUCUUUUCCAAAAAGUGGAAUAGAAGCAUUAAAGAAGUUGAUGAGCCUACUAUAGCAUCUUGGGAGGUUUUGGUUGUCCAUUUUCAGAAGAUUCCAGAAGAAUAUGCUGAAUUCUCACACUCAUCCUCAAGCUUGUACCGCGGCUUUGUUUUUCUUCUCGCCAGGAGCCACUGUGCGAGUUGAAGGAGCUUAGUUAUACAAUGAGGUCAGGAACUUAAUAUGGACUUAACACGUACUUAUUCGUCAUUGCCGCUUGUUUGUCAUUGAAGAAGACCAGCCAGCAAUCAAAUCUUGGAAAUUUGAGCUUUAACUAAAUGACUGGAGCUACAUAGGUGCUUGCAUGGCAGAGAUCUGCAAUUAUUUAUGAAACGGUUUGUCCCGUGACCCCUGCCCACAAUAUCAUAAGUUCUGUUAGCUGCAUGAGGAAACCAUCGAAAUGUAUAGCUGUAUGUAUAGAAAUUACACAAGAAUUAUUGAUACCUGAGAACAAGAAAUCAUGUUAGUUGCAGACAAUUUUAAUUUCUGGUUCCAGCCGAUCGAGUAAUCUUACUCGUCGAGUUUAAGCCUUGUACCUCCGAACUCAUACUAGGAAGUUUUUUUGUUGGACCUUGCAAGUGCGACUAUGUGCUCUGUAUUUGUUUAUACAACGGUUCAUGUUUUCCCCUGCAAAUAAUAUGAAGUACCAGUUUUAGUACUGUAAA